AUGUUGCUACACCCACCACCUCCGCCGCCGCCGCUGCCGCCGAACCUCGAUGUCGGUUUAAGGGGUAGAGGCCCGGCAAAGACCGCGGUGCAACGCAGCCUUUCGCCGUCCAUGUCCUUAUCAUCAGGCUCGUGGCAUCAUGAAUACACCAGCUCGGACUCUGGUACAAGCUCCUCGGAGGCCGAUUACUUUGAACAGCAAAAUCGCGUUGUCUUCCCACCGCUUAUGCCCACCGUGCAAGACCGCAGGGUGUUUGAUCGAGAGAGGAAACACAUUACAGACUCCAUCACGGACAAAGUCUCUCGUCUCGAGAAUUCACGGAGCUCCGUCCCCAGCCUCGUUGAUUCUGAUGCAUCUUCGGUGGCGUCAAUAGCAUCAUUGGAUGAUGGCAUUCAGGAGUUAUGGGUACAGAUGAAGCAUAGUCGUCAACGGGUGAACUUGCUUAAGCAGGACAUGGCCGAGAGGCGUGAGACUCUUCGGCACCUGCGCCGCAGGAAGGAUGAAGCUGACAACAACUUCAUGAACAUGCUGCGCCCUAUCCUUGUCAAGGGCCGGCGUGGUCUAGCCGGGAUAUCCGAUCAAACCCUCGAGUCGCGAUUUGCAGAGAUGCAAGCACUUCGAACAAAGUACCAUUCUAUCGAGUCUAAUUAUGAGGAACUCGAGUUGUCGCUGGACGAAGAAGAGGAUGGCCUCAACAAUACUGAAACACGUUUCUUCAGUCUUUUGGCAGCUGGUAGCAAGAGACACGUCCGGUCAAGGGCGCGGGAGGAGAAUUCUGAGGCCGAUGAAUCUGAAGGGCAACCGGAUGUGCCAUACGAACUCACCGGUAUCUCCCGGAACGGCCCUCCUGACGAUGCUCAUCCGCUUUGGCAAGACCUUGUGUCUACUAUCGGGGAUUUGAAUAACGCCAAGGAAGAGUACGACGAUCUCCUGCUUUAUCACAAACAAUAUGCCUACAGCAUGGGCCUCAAGAAAUCGACCGGCAUGAAGUUUAACACGGAAGAAGUCGAAUUCAUGGACGAGUAUCCGGUAGAGGAGCGCGAGAUGCGUGAGGCCGUCAACCGCCUGACGGAAGAGGUUGGCAGACUGAAGCGGAUUUGCGAAGAAAAGGGGGCCAUGAAGAAGCAUCCGUCCUUCAGAAUCGCACAUGCCCUCGACCCCAACGUUGGCGAGGACCUGGCACUCGACAGCGUGCCUCCAAGAUCAGGAUCCCUGGCCCAUGGUCUGUUUCCCGAACUCCUAUCCCGUCCAGACCACGUGCUUCGGCCGGAGCCAGUGACUGCCAUUGAGGAGGUGAAGCGGGCAGCGAAGCUUCAUGCGGCCGAUCCUGCCGCGCAACCGCAGUUGCGCGCGGCUCAGAAGGAACUGGGCAUUUCUAGACUGAUCAGUGAAUUCAAGAAAGAGGAUAAGUCGGAUUUCAUCACGCGGUGGCUUCUGCAGCAGCUGCGUACGUCUCCGCUUGCUGUCGAGCUUCUUUACUCAACGUUCAUUCACACUCUUCGGCUAAGAAUUGGGAACGUGCAACAGUGGCAGCGAGACGUGCUGUACCACUGGUGGAGAGACGAUGCUGUUAAAUCUCCAGAAGAGUUUUUUGGUCCGCUUACGGGAAGUGGGAUGGUGUCGCCAUGGCGGGAGGCUUCUCCGGAACGCACCUCCCUUCCUCCAGAGCGCGACGUGCGCAUAUCUGCACCAUCAAGAGCGGCGACGGAGGAUUGGUCGAGCGGCAAUCGAAGCGUGUACCCCGAGGAAGCGAGUCGAUCGACUGAAGUUUAUUGA